AGUGCAACAACAUAGGAAAUGCUGCAAACGAUCGGUUAUGCUAUUUUCUAGGAAAGAACAUUAUUAUUUAACCAAAAGAAAAAACAUUAAAGAAAAUAUCAACACUCAUCACACUGUUAAUCGGUGUCAAUGAAUGACGGAUACACAGCUUGCUUGAGUUGAUACAAGCUUAACAUUUCAUUACCAAGCAACAUAUUGUGUAGCAUUUAGGCUAUUUCUUUCGUCAAUAGGGACACGAAUACAGUCAUUUGCAUUUGAGAAUAAAUAUACAAACAAGGUCAACAUUGGAAUAUUAUUCCAGACGUCCCAAUUGUGUGUGCGCAGACAAGGAAGAGAAAUUACUGCCGUUGUGUGAUCGUUGGUAACAAACAAGUUGUUUUUGUACUUUGUGUCAUUUCGAAUGAACGUCUCAAUUGAAUCUAAUAACAAACAGCACACUGGAAGUGUCAUCUAAAUUGUUCGUCAGAGAUCGGUUUAGAUCCGAAAAAUCUUAACCUUGUCUGUAAAACAGGACAGAAAAGAGCACCAGUAUGAGUUUCUUCAGUUUUGGCCAAAGUGCAGAAAUUGAUGUAGUUCUAACUGAUGCUGAGACAAGAAAGAAAGCUGAACAUAAGACUGAAGAUGGGAAGAAGGACAAAUAUUUCCUGUUUUACGACGGCGAGACUGUGGCUGGAAAAGUCAACGUUACACUGAAGAACCCUGGGAAAAGACUGGAACAUCAAGGGAUCAAAAUUGAAUUUGUAGGCCAGAUUGAGCUGUACUAUGACAGAGGAAACCAUCAUGAAUUUGUCUCCCUGGUAAAAGAUCUGGCCAGGCCUGGUGAACUUACUCAGUCACAGACCUUUGACUUUGAAUUCACCCAUGUUGAGAAGCCCUAUGAGUCCUACACAGGCCAAAAUGUGAAGCUACGGUAUUUCCUGCGGGCUACUGUGAGUCGGAGACUUAAUGACAUCAGUAAAGAGAUGGAUAUUGUGGUUCACACACUCAGCACAUACCCAGAGCUCAACUCGUCAAUAAAAAUGGAAGUGGGAAUCGAAGACUGUCUCCACAUUGAGUUUGAGUACAACAAAUCCAAGUACCACCUGAAAGACGUCAUUGUGGGUAAGAUCUAUUUCCUGCUGGUGCGGAUUAAGAUUAAACACAUGGAGAUUGACAUCAUCAAACGGGAGACAACUGGCACAGGCCCUAGUGUAUACCAUGAAAAUGACACCAUUGCCAAAUAUGAGAUCAUGGAUGGGGCCCCUGUCAGAGGAGAGUCAAUUCCAAUCCGGUUGUUUCUGGCUGGCUAUGAGAUGACCCCCACCAUGCGGGACAUCAAUAAGAAGUUCUCUGUGCGUUAUUACCUCAACCUGGUGCUGAUUGAUGAGGAGGAGAGACGGUACUUCAAACAGCAGGAAAUCACAUUGUGGAGGAAGGGGGAUGUGGUGAGGAAGAGCAUGUCAGCCCAGGCCACCAUCGGUGCCCAGCGGUUUGAGGGCUCAGCCAGUUCUGAGAGUGCUCUGGAGAAGGCGGCGAGGGAGGACAGUGGUUAAAACUGCCACCACCCAUUCUCCUUAUAGAAAACUGUCAGUGUCUGCAGAAGAGUAGUUGGGACACCUGUCAGCUCACAUUAUCACUGAUAAAGUAGCUCUCUGUUCAUUAGGGCUGCUGGAUAAAGGGAUAAAGGAAGAAUGAAGGGAGACGGGAGGUACAGUAUACACAUGAACAAUGAAAAAGAGAAGCCUGCAUGAGGUAUUACAGGUGGCCUGAAAUUCUGCUGCAGGUCAACUCCCUAAUCAACACAUACUGUAUGUCCAGUGAAAGGAAAUCUGGCUUCUUGUUUAGAUCUACCCCUGUGUGUGAUGCCCUAAAAGUAUAACAUUAUACCCUAUUAUCAUCUCCAAAUGAUCAACUUUCUUUUUGUCACAUUUCUAGCUUUAGCGUAUAUUUGAAUGGAUCUAACUCAGUAUAACACUGUAUUGUCAUAGGAAGUUGAAGUCAUAGGAAGCUGAACAUUCCAUACCCAGGCAAAUGCAUUCCUGACCUGUAGUCCAUCAUAAUGAAAAGUGAACUUCUAACUUUGCACUGACAUGUAUCCAUUGCUCCUCCGCAUUCACAUUCUCUUCUUAAUCUGGUGUAAUAAUUGCACAGUGAGGUCAGUUGAAGCUUCAUUUUUAUUGUUGUGUGUUUUGUCUAAUUUCUUUAAGUGAGAGACAGAAAACGUAUUACGAACCCAAUGAAUUUUAAAAUCCUGUAAAUAAGAGCUAUUGAAUCCUUUGCCCUAAUAUGCCUGGUUUAAAUCUAUUUAACAGUAAACAGCUUACAAAUGGUUCCAAAACAAUACAGUUACAUUCACAUACAUUACCUAAGCAUUCCAAUAGUUGGAGGCAGGGAUUUUAAGUUUGAUGAUUCUCUGUAUCUUCCAUGCUUGAGACUUGAAAUGUUAUGCCCAGUGUAUCCAUUUUGUAAAUGAAAUCCUGUUGCCUCUUAACAAAUACUUGACAUUUCUUUCAGCCUAACAGAUUUUCCUAAAAUUUGUGUUCUGCAAGUUACUAACUGAUAUCCCCUUUCCUGAAAAGUGAAAUAAACUGAUGCCAAAUGCA